CGAGUCUGUUUGUGAAUGACGUAAUGAGCGUGAAGCAAGAUGGCGUCGCCUACAGCCUAAAUCGGUGUAAAUGAGUUUAUCUCCGUGAGCUCGCGCCUCUCCCGAGGCUCCGGUGUCGUUUCACGGUUGUUCCGGUGAAGACAACCCUUCUCUACCGGGUGCGUGUGUUCGUAGGCGUCGCUGAGCUCCAGAGGACAGCCCGCGGACCGUGUCUCUUCUCCCACCCCCCCUGCGGCCAUCCGGUAGCGGCCGGGGAGGCGAGCUGCUGACAGCCGGGACAGGAUGGACACCGGGGAGUACAUCGAGACCAUGGACACGACGUUAGCGGAGUUGGGGGACGAGUUCACGUUGGGGGACAUCGACGAGAUGCUGCAGUUUGUCAGCAACCAAGUGGGGGACUUCCCAGACUUGUUUGAGGACCAGAUGAACUCAGCAGGCUCACUACAGAGCGGCAGGGCCAGCAUCACCCCACGUCCUGCUGUUCAAACCCCUCAAGCUCCCCAAACCCCCCAGACACCAACCCCAGUUCCCUACCUGAACUCCAACGUUAGCCUCACCAGCCCCCAGACACUGUCUCCCCAGUCUUUACCCCUCACCCCUCCCCUCACUCCCGCCCAGACCCCCUCUCCUAUCACCGCCUCCUCCGUGCAGCAGCAGGUGACCCGCAGCCCUCCGCUCCUUCAGCCCCGGCCUCAGGUGGUCCAACCUAUCCAGCCUCAGCCCCAACAGACGGCUCAGCCUACCAUCCAGAUGCACACCCAGGGGAUCCCGAUGCAGACCCAGAGCUUCCCGGUCCACACCUUAGUUCAGACUCACAGCCAGACGCCGCUGCCCAUCCAGACCCAGGCAGCGCAAACUGUGAUGAUUGCCCCCAACGGUGGGCAGUCGCGUUUCAUCCAGAGCCCUGUCAUCUGCCACCAGAGCCCCGCUCCUGGUUUCCAAGUCAUCCAACCACAGAUGCAGAGCAUCAUGACCUCACCACAGCUCCAACCAUUGACCAUUCAGCAUCAGCGUCUUCUGACUCCAACAGGUCAAACCAUCCAGACUCUGUCCGCUGCACCGACCACAGUCCACACUGUGCAGCAGCAGGUGCAGCAGGUUCUGGUCCAGCAGCCUCAGAUUCUGAAAACAGAUUCGCUGGUUCUCACAACUCUCAAACCAGACGGCACGCAGGUGCUGUCGACCAUGCAGAGCCCCACGGGGAUCACCACCUUAACCACGCCCAUGCAAGUCCCGACGCUGAUGAGCAGCAACAUCCUGACCACCGUCCCUGUGGUGAUGGGCGGAGGAGACAAGCUGCCAAUCAAGCAGCUGCAGCCAGGCUCCUCCCACUGCUCAAAUGCUGCCAGAUCAAAUAUGGAGCAUAGCCUCAUGAGCGCAGGAGUACUGGGCCCGGGAGGAGUGGUGAAGGAGGGCGAGAGGAGGACAACACACAACAUCAUCGAGAAGAGGUAUCGCUCCUCCAUCAAUGACAAAAUCAUCGAGCUUAGAGACCUGGUCAUGGGCAACGACGCAAAGAUGCACAAAUCAGGAGUGCUUCGGAAGGCCAUCGACUACAUCAAAUACUUGCAACAGGUCAACCACAAACUACGGCAGGAGAACCUGGCCCUUAAAAUGGGAAACCAGAAGAACAAGCCAGUGACGCUGUCUGAAGACGUGGAGCUCAAACAGGAAAUAGUAAUGAUGUCACCUCCAGCCUCGGACUCUGGCUCCAGUUCCCCUCAGCAGUUCUCUCCGUACUGUGUUGACUCGGAGCCAGGCAGUCCCUUACUGGAUCACGACCCGGUGAAGAGUGAACCAGAUUCUCCGUCCACCGUUGGAGUGAUGGAUCGUUCUCGACUGCUUCUCUGCGCCCUCACCUUCUUCUGCCUGUCACUGAACCCGCUGCCCUCUCUUCUGGGCUCUGAAGCCUCAGGGAGCCACGGCCCCAUCGCCGGCCAUGGGCCAUCCAGAACGCUUGUCUGGUUCCCAACCCACACACAGGACUUCGCAUCCUGGCUGCGGUGCCUGUUGCCAUGGGUGAUGGUGUGGGUGCUGAGCGGGGUGGGGGCUGUGUGGGGUUGUGUCAGGGUGCUCUACCUGUGGGAGCCCGUCACACUCCUUCACUCCCCGAAGUCUGUGUCCUUCUGGAGGCAUCGCAAACAAGCCGACCUGCAUCUCAACAGGGGAGAUUACAAAGCAGCUUUGGUUAGUUUAGAGACCUGCUUGACCGUCUUGACCCGAGCUCUUCCCUCAACCAAUCUGGAUCUGGUUUGCUCGCUGUCCUGGAAUCUUAUUCGCUACUGUUUGCAUCGUCCAACUCCUCUGGGAUGGCUGGUUCACCAGGUCAGAGGAAAGCACGAGGGAGAGGAGGCUCGGACGAGCGCGAAGGACGCGGCUCUGGUUUACCACCGUCUGAGUCAGCUGCAGCUCACAGGAAAGUUGCCUCAGCGAAGCAGCUUGUGGGCUUUGUCUCUCUCUCUCAGCGCUGUCAACCUCAGCGAGAGCGCCCAGGGCAAGAUGGCCCCUGCUCAGCUCACUCAGAUCUACGUCACUGCGGCUACGGCCCUGCGCACACUGCUGGGCCACCACCUCUCCUUUUUGCCUGGUUACCUGCUGAGCUGUGCUGAGAGUGUGGCCAGUCAGUCAGACAGCAAGCCGAUCCCCGACUGCCUCCGCUGGCUCUUCACCCCGUUGGGCAGACAGUUCUUCCUGAGCUGUGAUUGGUCAGUGAAGUCGGAGUGCAGCGACAGCGUGUACACUUCUCAGAGAGAUCCAGCUGACCCCAUCGCCCAGCUGCACCGCUGCUUCUGCAGGAAGCUUCUGGAGCGAGCUGUUCACACCCUCAUUCAGCCGCAGAGCGACUCUGAAGCAGGCAAACGCAAGAACGACUCUGGGGAGUUUUCAAGUGCUAUGGAGUUCCUCCAGUUGUUGAACAGCUGUACGGAGGACUCUCCUUCUCCUCCUCCUCCCUUCUCGACUCCUCCCAAUCACACCACCACACCAGUGGGAGACCCGGUGAGUCGCUGGUGGGCCUUGGUCCUAAAGGCUGCUGUGCAUUGGCUGCAGGGUGAUGACGUUGCAGUGAGGUCACUGCUGGCGGAGGCGGAGCGGAUGCCGAGGGCUCUACACACUCUUGAUCACUCUCUUCCCAAGGCUGUGCUGCUGCUUUGCAAAACUGUUCAGAUGAGUCUGUUGCCUCUGAAGGGAGAAGGAGCAGUGGCCUGUCUGUCCCACUGUGACAGAGCCAGCAGCUACCUGCGCGCCAGCAUCUCCGAACCACUCACCCAGUCGGGCAACUGGCUGAACAAGGUAGAAAUCAGAGAAGCUGCCACAAGCACCAUCAUCACUGACAUCUCU